AUGUUCUCCGCUGUUCGAUCCCGAGCCCUCGGCCGAUGGCGCCCGCCGCCGCACCUUCUCCCGCGCCUCCUCUCCUCCGCCGGCGCCUCGUCGGCCCGGCCGGCGGAGCUUAUCGAGCUCUCGGAGGUGGAGAAGGUGCUGCACGACGUCCGGGCGGGGGACGUGCGUGUGUUCCCCGUCGGCGAGGGCGGGCUCCACGGCGGCGCUUGUGCGGACUACAUGGUCGUCGCCACCGGCCGCUCCGACUGGCACGUCCGCAACAUCGCUCAGGCCAUACUUUACAAGAUAAAGCAGAAACAGAAGGGUUCUAAUCGAAUAUUGAUGCCGAGUGUAGAAGGCCAGCAAGCUGGAAAGUGGGUUGUCAUUGAUUCUGGAAGUAUCAUCAUCCACGCGCUUGAAGAAAGAGCAAGAGAGUACUAUGAUUUGGAAAGUAUUUGGACAAAGGCGGUGUCCCCUAACAUUUCUGUUCAGGAGUUGGAGACCUCACUUGUGAAGACGCGCCGCAGGGACCUGUCACAAAAACCCAUGAAGAGCAUUUGA